UUGUCUCUGGAUUGACAGUUUAAGGUGUGGUUACAGUGGGGGUGAGUGAUGACUGAUGACCGAUAAUAAAUAAACAGUUUCAAUUUAAGUAAAAAUCGAAAAUUUUGGUGAAAAUGACCGACGGAAGGCUUCCAGCAUGUGUUAUUGAUGUGGGAACAGGUUAUACGAAACUAGGUUUUGCCGGCAAUCGUGAACCUCAAUUCAUUAUCCCUUCGGCAAUUGCCAUAAAAGAAACUGCUAAGGUAGGGGAGCAAAGCAGUCGACGGCUAGUUAAAGGUGUAGAAGAUCUAGAUUUCUUUAUCGGAGAUGAGGCCUUUAAUGCCACUGGUUAUGCAGUUAAGUAUCCCGUUCGUCAUGGUUUGGUGGAGGAUUGGGACCUUAUGGAACGAUUCCUGGAACAAUGCAUUUUCAAGUAUCUGCGAGCGGAGCCGGAAGAUCAUUACUUUUUGCUAACUGAACCGCCACUAAACACUCCGGAAAAUCGGGAAUAUACAGCUGAAAUUAUGUUUGAAAGUUUUAACGUUCCUGGAUUGUACAUCGCUGUUCAGGCAGUGCUAGCUUUAGCAGCCAGUUGGGCAAGCAGAAGUCUAGCAGAAAGAACCCUCACGGGUAUCGUGAUUGAUAGUGGAGAUGGUGUUACUCAUGUAAUCCCUGUGGCGGAGGGCUAUGUGAUCGGAAGUUGCAUCAAGCACAUUCCAAUUGCUGGGCGGAACAUUACUUAUUUCAUUCAGUCACUUCUGCGUGAACGAGAAAUAGGUAUACCUCCCGAGCAGUCUCUUGAAACCGCUAAAGCCAUCAAAGAAAAAUACUGCUAUAUUUGCCCGGACAUAGCAAAAGAGUUCGCAAAAUACGAUUCCGAUCCUGGCAAAUGGAUGAAAAAGUACGAAAGCACAAACGCAGUAACCAAACAUCCAUUUUCGGUGGACGUUGGAUACGAAAGGUUUCUCGGCCCGGAAAUAUUUUUUCAUCCCGAGUUUUCCAAUCCGGACUUCAAUGUGCCCAUCUCGAAAAUUGUGGACGAUGUCAUUCAAAACUGCCCAAUUGAUGUUCGAAGGCCUUUGUACAACAAUAUAGUAUUAUCAGGUGGUUCGACAAUGUUUAAGGACUUUGGCCGCAGACUGCAGAGGGACAUUAAGAAGACUGUCGAUGUCCGUCUAAAGUUAAGCGAAACGUUAGGUGGCGGCCGAUUAACGCCCAAACCUAUCGAUGUGCAAGUGGUGUCCCAUCAUAUGCAAAGAUAUGCUGUAUGGUUUGGUGGAAGCAUGCUGGCAUCAACUCCUGAAUUUUACACCGUUUGCCACACCAAAGAGCAGUAUGAAGAGUAUGGACCUAGUAUUUGCAGGCAUAAUCCAGUUUUCGGUACGAUGACUUAGACUGUGCUCAAUGUAAGCUGGAACUAAAUUUUGUCAUCUUUUGUAUUAUACGAAUUUUAUCUAUUAAAUUAAAUAUAUACAUAGCAAAAACUUUCUGUGGAAAUUAUCAAGUAAAAAACUAGUUCUUCGAAUUGUUAUGUUUCGAGUAUAAUCCUUGAGAAUAAGUUCUUA